AGAAGAGACAAUGAGGAAUAUAUCAAUUACCUAGUUGAAUUGUAUUGUGGCUUUAAGUAAUUUAUUUAUAAACGUAACUAAGUUAUUUAAACUAAUAUUUAUUAUUUGGUAGAUAAUAAACUUUUAUAUAAAUGGUUAUUCAAAUAUAAAUAUGAAAAACAAACUUUUUUUUGUACUAAUGUUAACACUGCCUCCUUUGUAUAACUCAAUGUUAAGAAUAUUAACCUAUGAUCAUUUAUCAAAUUUAAGAUCAUCAACUUCGUCUAUCAAGAAUUCAACGGAAUUUUCUAGUACCAAUUCAUCAAAAAACCAUGAAAACGGGGAAAAACAUGAAGGUACUACAAUUAAGUACAAUGAUACUCAAACAGACAAUAUAAAUAAGUUCCUGAAUGCGAUAAAACAAAAAAUUAAAAACAUUACAAAAAUCAACAACAAAACAACUAAAUCACAAACUGAAACAUCCAAACAUCCAACAUAUAAAGUAGUAAAAUUAAACCAUCAAUGUUGUCAUCAAGGCAAGAUUUGUGCAUAUUGUAAUUCUAAUUAUUGCAACAUCAAGGAUAAAAACACCCAGCACUGUUGCUUUAAAUAUUGCAGAAAUUGUCAAUGUUGAUAAAUUAUUCAUAAACUUUAUAAUUAGGUAUGAUUUAUAAUAUUGGUUUUUUAAAAAAAAAUAUUAUUUGUUUCUCAUUUAAAGAAUAAGAAAAUAUAUUAAAAGGUUUUUUUAUAAUGAAUGUCAAUAGGUAAUUUAAAUUUGGUCAUGUAAUUUUAAUAAUUAAUUAACAAAAUAUUAAGCUAAAAAAGUUUAUAAAAAUAAAUAAAUGUAAAAAGUGUUAUGAAUCAUAAGAAAAAUUCUUAGGAUAGAGUGGAUAGACCUUUGUCAUGAAUCGAGAAUAUAUUUAAAUAACAUAAAACAAACAUACAAUUGUAUAUUAUUUACAUAAAAUUAAAUUAAAUAU